UUAAACACAGUAGGCUACUAAGGUAGGAGAGAGAUCUAGCUAGCUAGUGAGGGAUCCAUGGCGGAUCUUGUGGUUGGCAUGGCCAAGUCGGUGGUGGACGGGGCGCUGACCAAGGCCCAGGCGGCGAUCGAGGAGGAGGCCAAGCUGCGGGAGAGCGCGCAGCGUAACCUGGUGUACAUCACUGGCGAGUUCCAGAUGAUGCAGUCCUUCCUAAAAAUUGCAGCGAGUGACCGCCUGGAGAAUGCGGUAGGGAGGACGUGGGUGCGGCAGAUCCGCGAUCUCGCCUACGACGUGGAGGAUUGCAUCGAGUUCGUCGUCCACCUCGACAAGAAGAACAGCUGGUGGCUCCGCGUGAUCAAGCCGGUGAGCUGGUUCCUUAGGCCCUGCGUGGACCAGGGCCCGCUGCCGCUGGAUGAGGCGGUCGAUGAGCUGGACCGGCUCAAGGCCAGGGUGGAGGACGUGAGUAGCCGGAACACACGCUACUGCCUCAUCGGCGGCGACUCCGGCUCCAAGUCCGCCACCGCCAUGGAGAAGCAGGAGCCGGUUGCUUCCUCCCGCGAUGAGGCAGUCGCACCGCCAACGGCAUUCAACAGGCUCUUUGAGGCUGCAUUCAAGACCACCCAAAAAGGGCGUCAAUGGGAUCUCACCCAGCUGCUCACCAAGAAAGACCAAGACCUCGGAGUGAUCUCCAUCUGGGGCACCGGAGGUGGGGAGGGCCUUGGGUUGGCAUCCAUUGCCUGGAAUGCCUACGUUGAUAAAGAAACAUGCGAAAAUUUCGCGUGUCGUGCUUGGGUGAAGCUGAUGCACCCUUUCGAUCCCCUCGUGUUCGUCCGGUCAUUGACGGCCCAGUUCCAUGCUACCUCUUACAAAGAGGAGCGCGGCAAGUCCAUAGGGGGUGUGCGAGUCCUGAUGAAGAUGGAGGCCGCACAAGGAGGAGAUUCCCUCAAGGAUUUCGAGCAGCUUGUCAUGGAAAAUAGGUUCCUCGUUGUGUUGGAGGACCUGUCCACCAUGGCAGACUGGGAUGCUAUCAGGAGGUUUUUUCCAAACAUGAUGAAUGGCAGCUGCAUCAUCUUGUCCACCCAACAAUUUGAGGUUGCAAGCUUGUCUGUGGGACAUCCAUACCAGGUCCAGCAUCUCAACCAGCUAUCAGCUGACCACUCUGUUUACGCCUUCUUUACAAAGGGAUCCCAAGAUGAUGUCGACGAAGGCAAAGAAACCAAUAAUGCACCCGCCAUUAAAAAUACGCCAUCAAAGGUUGAUAACCGCAAAAAUAAAGCAGCCAAGAAGUGGAUAGACGAGCAUCCUCUUGUUGGACGCGAGUCAGAAAAGAAGGUUCUUGGUAUAAAUGUAAUUACAGCACGAGGUAAAAGCUACCAAGCUAUGUCGGUGUGGGGAAUAGCCGGAGUUGGAAAAUCAGCUCUCGUAAAAAACAUGUAUUGCGACAAAAUCUUGAACUGCAAGCUAUUCCAGAAGUAUGGUUGGGUGGAUGUAUCACAUCCUUUCAAUCUAUGGGACUUCUCGCGGGUCUUACUUUCCAAUCUUGGUUCUGAUGAUCUUGUAGCCAGUGAAACUACUGCAGACUUGUGUAUGAUGGGAAGCAGAAACCCCAUUGUCGAGUGUCGUGAGAUUCUGAUACAGAAUAGAUGCCUGGUGGUUAUUGAUGGACUGCAAUCCACCAAAGAAUGGGAUCUCAUAAAAGCUGAGCUUGUAUCUGGAUGUAAUCCCCGGAAUAUUGUCAUCGCCGUUACAUCAAAACAAGAAAUUGCCACUCAUUGCCGCGGAAAUAAGGGAGAGUUCGUAUUUAAUGUCAAAGGUCUGGAAGCCGACACGGCCUUUGAACUCUUCGAGAAGGUAUCCACUCUGGGUGACAUUGAAGAGCGACAAGAACUUACUUCAAUAUGUGGUGGACUUCCCAAAGUAAUAGUUGAGGUAGCAGGUUCAUUCGCCAAAAAUACAGCUCGAUGGAAAGAUGCACUUUCAACAAAUAAUAAGUUUAUGCCAGAACUCGAGAACAAUGGAGAGUUUGAAAAACUGAAGGGUCUGUUCAAUUGGAUGAAUUCGUACUUCCGCAAUUGCCGAGAUUCCCUCAAGCCAUGUAUCUUAUAUCUACCAAUUUUCCCUCGAAACUACCCCAUUCGGCGGAGGCGGCUUGUAAGGCGGUGGAUUGCUGAGGGUUACUCCAAGGACAGCCAUGAAGAGUCCGCAGAGAUGAACGGGGAGGAACAAUUCUGUGACCUCCUUAAUCUGAGUAUAAUCCAGCAGCCAUCUGCGUUGGGUUUGGGUGACACAAGGAUGGUGUUUUGCCAAGUCAAUGGCUUCUUUCGUGAGUACAUUGUCUCACGUCAAAUGGAAGAGAACCUUGUGUUUGAACUUAGGGGCCGUUGUGCCUUAACCACCCAGCGCACAGGGCGCCACCUUGUGAUUUCAAAAUGCUGGGUCAGAGAUCAAACUGUGUUUGAGAGCAUUGACUUCUCUCGGCUCCGGUCACUAACAGUGUUUGGAGACUGGAAAUCAUUCUUGUUUUCUGAAAGUAUGAAGCUGCUUCGGGUGCUUGAUCUAGAGGGUGCAUCACAAGUAGAAUAUGGUGAUCUUAAGAAGAUGGUGAAGUUGAUGUGUCGCCUGAAGUUCCUCUCGCUACGUGGAUGCAGUGAAAUCUGCCAUCUGCCGAGUUCAAUAGGAGGUUUGAGGCAACUCCAGACCCUAGAUGUUAGACACACCUCCAUUUUGACCCUGCCGAGGAACAUCACCAAGUUGCAGAAUUUGCAGUACAUCCGUGCCGGCACCACCACCGCAGUGAAGAAAGCACCAACCGUGCUGUCCAAUUGCUCUGGUGGUUGUCACCGGGUUGGUGUUGAGGUGCCUCGGGGGAUCGGAAAACUGACAGCACUGCACACGCUUGGUGUCGUCAAUGUCCGUGCUUCACCGACAAAGGCUUUCCUAGAGGAUCUCAAGAAGCUGACCCACCUGCGCAAGCUUGGAGUGUCUGGCAUCAACAAGAGUAACAGCAGCAAGUUUGUCCAUGCAAUCAAGGUUCUUGCCCAUCUGGAGUCACUGUCAGUGUUGCUCGAGGACAACAAUCAAGAUUGUUUGGAUGGUAAAGAAUUAUCACUGCCUGUCGGGAGCCUGAGGAGCCUGAAACUGCAUGGGCUUGGAGACCGGUUGCCAGAGUGGAGAGAGCAACUCACCAUGCUCACAAAGAUGGAUUUGGAAAUAGUCAAAUUGACAGAAGAACAUGUCUCCCCGCAGUCGGGACAGCUCACACCAGAAGGAAGAAGGGAACCAACUAAGGGUGUCAUCAAGUUCCUUAGCGAGCUACCAAAUCUGUGCAUUCUCCGUCUUCGUGUUAAGGAGCUUCAAAAUGAUGAGCUCAAUGUGUCCAUCAUUACAAAUGACCUGGAGGAAGACUCUUUCAAGAAAAUGAAGAUCUUUGAGAUUGCAUGCAGUUCUAGUUCCAGCUCGAAAGUUACUUUCGGAGAGAAGACGAUGAAAAAACUUGAGCAGCUGACGGUCGACUGCUGCAGUGGGUCCUCGUUCUCUGGCCUGAAGCAUCUCCGUGAGCUCAAGGAAGUCCUGCUCAAGGGCUCCAGCUGUGAUGCAGCAUUGAAGGCUGAUCUGCAGGCAAUGCUUGAGAACCACCCAAAGGAAAAGAAACCAGUUGUGAAGAUGGAGGAGCCUCUUGGUCCUGUUGAGUCGGGAGUUCAAGGCGGUCAUAAAUUUUGCUGUUAGUUUAUUCUUGUUGCACUUCAUCUUGGUUCUUAAUGUAUGUGUGCUAGUGUUGUGACAUACUGCUACAAACAAGCUAGAUCAUGUCAAAGCACUUCUUAAUUAUUCCCACCCUUUCCUUUUUUUUUGAGAGAGAGAGAGAGAGAGAGAGUGAGUGAGAGUGAGAGAGAGAGAGCGAGAGAGCUGGAUAAUCUUGUAAUGGUAUUGUGGAUUUUAGAAACCAUGCAUGGUUGGAUUGUA